AUGGUAGAAGCAGCUUACCUUGAGCAUGAGAAGAGCUUAACUGAGAGACUGCACACUCUGCUCUUCCCGAAAAUCCAACAACCUGUAUGUAACUAUCCUCUGGGGAAAAACAAAGGCAGACCAGGGGAAAAGCAGCACUUGAAUUCAGAAACUGAACAACCCCAGUAUGGUCCAGAGAAAAGCAAGUCCAACUAUGUCCCCUGGAAGCUUCCAGCAAUGGAACCUCUUAGCUGCAUCGGGAAGAUGGAGCCAUCCUGCCCAGAGGUGCAGACCCCAGGCUGUGGGGCCUCUCCUCAGCUCUCCCUGAGGAAUCUCUCGAAGAAGCACGGUGAGAACCAGGGGAGUCUUCUCUACUUUGACCAGCAAGCCCCAAACCCCAUCUCUACCUCUCCCACUUUGAGGAGAUUAAGGAGCAAUGGCUGCGGGACUUCACGCUCACUGUUUCAGCAAGAGACCUUGGAAAUGCCCACUGGGAAGGAACCUGAAAGCUGGAAGGAGCCUGCAGUCUCCAAGAGUCUACACGGAAGCCCAGAGAAUUCUUCAUACUCCCUAUUGCCCUCGAGAUCAAGAAUGCCUCCAGACCCCAAAAGGGCCCUCAACACAGCUGACUCAUUUGAACCCCAUCCUGCGCUUCAGUCCAUCAGUGAGGGGUCUCUUCCUCGGGCCCCUCUUCCAGAAAAAGGAGGCCCCUCAUGGCCCAGCCCUGCCACAUGGCCUCCCGAUCCUCAGCUGAAAAGGGAAACGUACAUCCCAGAUCUAGGAGAACAAAGACUAGCUUCCCUCGAAAUACAGGAAGACUGCUCACCAUAUUCAAGUGGGGAAGGGGAGGGUCUCCUCUGGGUUCUCCUGGGGUCUGAAGGAGCUGCCCAUUCCCUGUGCCACCCACUUCUGCUACUGAACUCGGAAUCCAGAAAGCCAAGAUGGCCUUUCUCCAAGAGAGGAGUGGUGCCGUCAAGGCAAAGACUAACACAGCACCUCUCCUAUCUGAAAAGCUGCCUGUCCUCUGUGAAGAUUACAGACUUUGGAGCCCGUGAUUUCUCCCAUGUACAGGAUAAAACCUGGAAUGAAGUCAUGGAAACACAUCAGAAACUUCCCACCGACCAAUUAGACUUCAGAAAGCAGCAAGAGGCCAUGUGGGAACUCUUCACAAGUGAAUGCACUUAUUUCUUGGACCAUUUAUUAGUUCUUAAGAUGAUCUUCAUGAAUACAUUAAAAUACCUAUAAAUUCAUGAAUAUCUCCUGGAUGUGGCUGUAUGGAGACUUUUUGCAAACCUAGAGGAGUUGAGUCAGAUGAGUCACAGUGGGGUCACAGCUCCUGCUGAUCCCAGAGUUCCUCAACCGCUGUCUUUUGAGAGCCUGAGGCAGAGAGAUGACUUUGGAAUUUAUUUGAAGUGGUGUGAGCAAAAUGAACAGUGAGGAUGGCUGCUCUUGCCUUCAGCUGCGAGUGGGCCCCCCUGGAGGCUGACUUGGUAGCCCUUGUUGCUGAAGAAUGUCUGGAAACAGAGUAAAGACUCUCCAGAGGAAAUCAUGACCCACCCAUCAAGGAACAGCCAUACUGAACCCACACACAAAGCAAAUGGAGGGGAUCUUGAGUGAAAAGUGGAGUGGCUUGACAAUUUCCAAAAAAUGGGACGUCUACAGGAGAUUAUAAUGUGGCCUCCACUAUGGGGUAGUGAUAAAAUAGUCUUCAUUCCAGAAUGCUUGGAACAUAUUUUUAAUGAACAAGCAGAAAACAUCUUGUCACUAACCAAAAGACCCCUUCUUCUUGAAGAAAAAUUUACCCUCAGAACUAGCACCAGAUUCCUAGAUGUUUAUCUGUUACUCUUUAAACUUGGAGGCUCAGACCCUGGUUUACUGUGUCCUUCACUCACUCCUGAGCUGCAAAUAGUAAUAAGAGGGGGUACUUAGUGUACAGUAGUUGAUCAGCCAUUCCGGCCGAGAAAUGCUUUCCCUGUACAACAUGAAAACAGGUAUGGACAGUAUAUAGCACCAUUCUUAUUACAAGCCCAAACGGAAAACAUCAGAGAAAUGUGGACAGCACAAGUAACAGCAGCGGUCUCUUGCUUCACCAAGAAUCAGGAAACCAAGAAUAUAUCUUUAUUUACAUUGCCUGCAGAAUCCUCUGACGUUUAG